CAUGUUAGAAUAGUGCAUGACAACCAAGGGCAUGGAGUGAUGCAUCUCUUUACGCAUGUAAAAGAGUACAUAUGUGAAUUCAUGAUACCAUCAAUGAAAUGCAGCUCCCCGACACCAUUAGCACUCAUGAAGCCCCACAGAAGGACACUGCCACCAGUAUGUUUCACUGUAGGCACUGUGCAUUUUUCUUUGUACUUCUCACCUUUGCGACGCUAUACAGUUUUGAAGCCAUCAGUUCCAAAAACAUUUAUCUUGGUAUCAUCACUGCAGAGUACAGAGUCCCAGUAGUCUUUUCCGCAUGGGCCCUGGCAAAUUCUAGUCGGGCUUUUUUUGUACAUGGGCUUUAGGAGAGGCUUCCUUCGUGGACAACACCCAUGCAUGCCAUUCCUCUGCAGUGUACGCCGUAUUGUGUCAUGGGAAACAAUCACCUCAGUUUGGCUUUCUACUUCUUAGUUAACUGCAGUGAACUUGC